AACAGUGUCGUCAACUUUUUAAUUUAUAGCAAUGGGAUGAUGUACUUUUGGAAGUCUGUCGAUGCAACUGGUGUGGUUCAAGACCAUGCAUUCUUGCUAACGGAGAUCAAAAAAAUUGUACGUGAUGUUGGGCCCGAAAAUGUUGUGCAGAUUGUCACAGAUAAUGGCUCAAACUUCAAGAAGUCAUGUGCGUUGUUGCAUGAGGAGUACAACCAUAUCGUGUGGCAGCCAUGUCUUGCACACACCAUCAACCUCAUGUUGAAGGAUAUAGGGAAAUGGCCUGAGCACGAUGCAAUGAUCAAAAGUGCCCAGAGGAUAUGCAGUUGGAUGUACAAUUCAAACAGUCUACAUGCCAUGAUGAGUAAAGCCAUAGGAGGUGAGUUGGUUAAAUGGAAUGCAACUAGAUUUGACACCAAUUACAUGUUUCUAGAGACCUUUUUGAGGAAGAAGGAUCAAUUCAUGGCAUGGAUGGUGUCUCCAGAAUUCAGAAAUUCACGCCAUUUCAAGUCACCUGAAGGUCAGUAUGCAUUUCGGUCUCUCACAGCACUUGACUGGUGGAAUGCCAUGCAGAGUGUUAUUGAUGAUGUUGAGCCUCUAUACAUUUUUUUGAGAUUUGCUGAUCAUGACAAGACUCCAACUUUGGGAGAAGUGCUCAUGGAAUAUCAAAACACAAGGCAAACAUAUGCAAGCAAAUUUGCUCAUGAUGAGGCCCGUUUUCGAAAGAUCACAAAUGAUAUCAUCGCUCGAAUGCUGGUUACUGUGAUGAUGGGCACAUAUGUGCAAGCUGCUUGUACACUCCAUCCAUAUGUCAAUUAUGUAAGUGGAGUGACGGACGGUGUACUGGGAGAUAUGAAGAGGGGGAUGGAAAUGAUGUUUGACACAACCAGAGCGACCAAAGCACUUCAGGAGUAUGAGUACUUCAGGAGGAAGUAUGGAGAAUUUGGGAGCGACUUAGCUAUUAGGAUGGCAAGGGAUCGCUCCACCUCACCAGCUAGUUGGUGGUCUAUGUUUGGAUCAGAUACACCAACACUUCAGAGGGCAGCGAUGCGUCUACUCUCACAAUGUGUGUCCUCAAGUGGAUGUGAAAGAAAUUGGAGUACGUUUGCCUUCAUCCAUACAAAGCUACGCAAUAGGAUGGGUCACAAGAAGCUCCACAAAUUGGUGUUUGUCAACUACAACCUUCGGCUUCGUAUCCAGCGUGCUAAAGCCACACCUGAGCCAAGUGACUUCGAUCCUAUUGCCGGUAUGAUGGACCUCUCAUUGUAUAGGCAACAAUCAGCUAUUCGCAAGUGGAUGGAGCUAGGGAGGUCCAAUGCAGCGCCGGCUUUGGAUGAGGAUUCUGAUUUAAGUGACACCCCAGUUCCUAGCACCAUCGUUACAGAUAUUGCACGUGAUAUUCCAGAGCUACGGAAUUUGGAUGUACGUGAAUGGGCAGAAGAGACUGUUGGUGACACACAUGUUGGUAAGAGAAAGACACGUGUUGGACCAUCGGAUCGGCAAAGGAAGAAAGGAAAAAGACAGGAUGACAUUGAAGAGGAAGAAUUUAGAACAGAUGACAGCACACCUGAUCCUAGUGUCGGUGAUGAUGAUGAUCAUGAUGAUGGGGGUGACGACAGCAGCACCGAUGCUAGUGAUGAUGGGAUUGGCAGUGGGGGAUAUGUAGGCGGAGGUGGCGGGGGUGAUGAUGUAGUUGGAGGUGGAGAGGGUAUGAGGUUUACCGGGGAGAGCCAGUUCACUCAUGCCACACAAGAUACGGAUCAUGGUGCACCUAGCUCACAACGACAGACUAGAAGCAGUGCACGUCAUUCUAUUCCCCAUGAUGAUGAUAGCUCUAGCUCAGUGAACACAGACUAUACUUAUCCACACUAUCCAUAUGACCAACCAUAUGCAUAUCCAUCAUCACAUCGAGUACCCUAUUUGCCACCCCCCUAUGUUGGCUAUACAAGCACCAACAUGCAAGAUGCUUACAAUGUGCAGGCUCAAGGAUAUGCGACAUAUGGUGCCUAUGGCGCAUAUGGGGCCUAUGGAGCCUAUGGCAAUAGCUCAUAUCAACAGGAUGAGACUGAAGAAUAAACUCCAUGUGGUAUGUAUCGUGUCAACUACUAUGUAUUAUGUAUAUUGACGAUGAUGGUUUGUAAGGACUACGGUUGUGAUGAUUUGUAUGGACUAUGAUUGUGAUGACUUGUAUGGACUGUAGUUGUGAUGAUUUGCAUGGACUAUUGUUGUGAUGAUCUAUAUGGACUAUGGAUGUGAAUUUCUAUUUUUAUGGAUAUGAACUUCUAUUC